AUGCGCCACCAGGCGGUUCGCGUGCGAGGCAGUCACCGUGCGUUCGACGAAAGGAGCACUCGAUUACGCCUGGUGAUACAGAGUACGGAGGAUGCGCUGUCGGAGUCGGUAGCACCGUUGCUGUUUUGCCGGACUGUCCACUUCCAGCUGCUGCCACAGAAGGCUGCCUCCAUGGUGCUUGUCUUCCUCCUCUUCUGCCAACAAAAUUCUCCUAGUCUCAGCCUCAUGCUGCUGCGCAGCAGAUGCCACUUCAGCAGGGGGACGGCAAAGAAGCACCUGCACCCGUCACUUCAGUACCCAGAAGCAGACAAGCCCGCGCUGCCUGUGGCAGGAACUGACGCCGUCCACGAGAGAUCUGCGAUCCCUGCGAAGGUGGCGGCCGUGGCAGCUUCAACACCACCAACAGGAGCCUCUGGUGGCGCAGCAGCUAUUGGCCCCUGUCGUGAGCACACGCCCCGCUGA